AACUAAACUAAAAUCACCUCGCUUUGUUAGUUGUUCCAAGAAUCUGAAUGAAUCUCCGACAAAUGAUUCAAAUUGACCUGGUUUUCUUACACGUGCUUUCUCUCUAUUAGUUUGCCUCAUUCGCAUUGGCUUUGAAUUGAAUAAUAUAAUACAUGCAUUGCCCACUAAGUAUACUCCAAUUCAGAUAUUUAAUUAUAUAUAUAUAUAUAUAUUGACAUAUUCUAUUCCUUUCUCUCUGUCCCUCUUUCUUUAAAAUACGAGGAAAAAAAGCAAAUUCUUGGUCUCGCUCGCUCAAUAAUAUCCAUUAUUUAUAUUAUACUUUCAUAUAGAGUAUUGGAUUUCAUUUCUGACUUUAACCAAGCUUUGCCUUUGCAACAACUCCAAGCAUUAUCACUUUUUUUCAAGUUGCAACUCUUUUGUUUUGCUUUUGCGUUUUUUGAUUUCUUGGGUCAAACUUGAUUACAAUUAGCUGCUAUAUUAUUGAAUUUGAAGCACAAAAAUGGCCAUAAAGACAAAUGGGUUUGUCAAAGGUUGUCUUCCUGAAGAGCUGAAGAAAGUGCUUCAAUCAGUUGCUGCAAGCUGGGGAGAUGUGAUGGAUGAUAUGGAGACUUUACAGGUGAUCCAAUUAAGCGGUGCAAUGACUAAUGAGGUUUAUCAGUUAAACUGGCCAACAAAGAAUGGUGAGGUUAUCAGAAAGGUGUUGGUUCGGGUUUAUGGAGAAGGUGUGGAUGUUUUCUUUAACAGGGAUGAUGAGAUUAGAACGUUUGAGUUCUUGUCCGACCAUGGUCAGGGGCCACGCCUUCUCGGCCGCUUCCCCGAUGGCCGCGUCGAAGAAUUCAUUCAUGCCAGGACAUUGAGAGCUGGUGACCUCCGAGAUCCUGAAAUUUCUGCCCUCAUAGCAGCUAAGAUGAGAGAGUUCCAUAAACUUGAGAUCCCUGGUCCAAAGAAUGUACUCCUUUGGGAAAGAAUGAGGAACUGGCUCUCUCAGGCAAACAGAUUGUGUUCACCCCAAGAUGCAAAGGAAUUUGGCUUGGACACUCUAGCAGAGGAAAUUAGGAUGCUAGAGAAGCAGUUGUCAAGGGACUGUCAAAAUGUUGGAUUUUGUCACAAUGACCUGCAAUAUGGUAACAUAAUGAUGGAUGAAGAAUCAAGAUCAAUCACUAUUAUUGAUUAUGAAUACGCAAGUUACAACCCUAUCGCUUUUGACAUUGCGAAUCACUUUUGUGAAAUGGCAGCAAAUUACCAUUCUGAGACACCUCAUGUUUUAGACUACAGUAAAUAUCCAGGUUUAGAGGAACGGCAAAGAUUUGUAUACAAUUAUCUGAGUUCUGCAGGCAACCUACCCAGUGACACAGAAGUGGAGCAGCUAGUCCAUGAUGUGGAGAAGUACUCUCUUGCAAACCAUCUCUUUUGGGGCUUAUGGGGAAUUAUUUCAGAUUAUGUAAAUAAGAUUGAUUUUGACUACUUGGAGUAUGCAAGGCAAAGAUUUCAUCAGUACCGGUUGAGGAAACCAGCAUUAUUGGGUUCUUCAGACAUGCCCUGCAAUGGAGAAAAUUAUAUGUGUAAAGGCGAUACACCUAUCCCCAUUACACCCAAUACCAUCUUCCUGUGAUGGCAUUUAAAAUGACUCUGUAGCAUGGACCACAUGAAGUGAUUAGCUUCUCUCAAGUGUUGGUUUGUUAAGGAUCUAAACAUGUAAUAACUAACCUAAAUCGCAUGGAAUGUAUUGCUAAUUCAUUCCUAACAAUACUGUACCAUUAUGAUACACAUUAUAUAAAAAUGUGUUUCUAAUUCCACCCUUUCUGUA